AUGGUAAAGAAAGGAAGCAAAAUUCCAACUCUCGUGAACACUCUGUCGUUACUAAUCGUGCUAGUGUUCUACGUGUUCAGUACAAGUAGUAGUAUUAGUAAUGCUGAAGUUACAAAUUUUACUAAUAAUGAUCUGCCUUCAAGAUCGUCAUUACUGGAAGAAUUUAGUGAAGAAGAAGAAAUGUUAAUGGAGUCGGAGAUUAGUAGAAGAUUUCUUCUUGGUCAAACUAAAGGCAAGAAGUACAUCACAUAUCCAACUCUUAAAAAAGGAGCAGCAGCCAGUUGUAACUCAAAUUCAUAUAGCGGUUGUUUAGGGAAAACAUCAAAUCGGUAUGAUAGAGGUUGCCUCAAGAUUUACCGAUGUAGGCACUGA